GGCGGGGCUAGGGAAAGUGCCGCGCCAGCGGGCUUGUGGCCGCGGGUUUCGCACGGCCCAAUGAGGGAGGGCGGCGUGGCCCGGCCUGGUAGCGACGAGGACGCGCCUGCGCAGAGGCAGCAGCACCACCGGGGUUGACUCCGGGGGCGCGGCGAGGAGAGACAUGAGGCUGAGCUGGGUCCAGGUCCUGACAGUACUGUCCAUCUGCCUGAGCGCCGUGGCCACGGCCACAGGGGCCGAGGGCAAAAGGAAGCUGCAGAUCGGGGUCAAGAAACGGGUGGACCACUGUCCCAUCAAAUCUCGUAAAGGGGAUGUCCUGCACAUGCACUAUACGGGGAAGCUGGAAGAUGGGACGGAGUUUGACAGCAGCCUGCCCCAGAACCAGCCCUUUGUAUUCUCCCUUGGCACAGGCCAGGUCAUCAAGGGCUGGGACCAGGGGCUGCUGGGGAUGUGUGAGGGGGAAAAGCGCAAGCUGGUGAUCCCAUCCGAGCUGGGGUAUGGAGAGCGGGGAGCUCCCCCAAAGAUUCCAGGUGGUGCAACCCUGGUGUUUGAGGUGGAGCUGCUCAAAAUCGAGCGACGAUCGGAGCUGUAGCCAGACUGGGGAGGGGCGGGGGGAGAGGCCCCCAUCCAGGGACCAGAUUGUUCUUAAAAAAAAAAAAAAAAAAAAAAACCACCUUAGAAGCC